AUGGGGCAGUGCCUUGAUCCUUUGGUUUCUAGCAGUUGUUCCUCUUCAUCUGACACUUCUCACAACUUGAGGCUGAAUUCUCAAAUACCAAUUUCUGUUUUAUCAAACACUGGCUCUCCGCCCAGUUUGGAUCAUUCUGAGAGGCAGCAGCCAUUUUUACCCUCUGAAGAGUCAGGUGACGAUCUCAGUAGCCCUACUAUAUCUUUGGACGUUGACGCAAAAGAACGCAAACGUCUGUUUAAGACGGCUCGUGAGCGUGACUUAUUAAAGGAAGCAGAAGAAAACGAGGCUGCCAGACAAGAGCUCGUCGCGGACGACUCAGAAGGCUUUCAAGACGCCAGCUCUGACUCUGGCUCUAGUGGUGUCAAGAAAAAAUAUAGUCCUUUUACCUCUCCCAAACUCGAUAAGGCUGGCCCUUUCUCAGAAGCCCGUAUCGAGCGGAGGUUUCGAGCCGAUUUACCUACCACACGGCGAUCCAAGCAUCUAGGAUUGUCAUCUGACCUAUUUAUUGCUUUACCUAGAUCGGAUGACGAUCUAAUCGGCACCAACUCAGAUUUAAGCAAUCCAGAUAACCUCGAGGCGAGUGUGAAAGCUAUGAAGAAGCAAAUUACCAAUAGGCCUAAAAGAUUCAUGGCUGAGCUUGAUGAAAACGCUGAUCAGGAAGUUUCUUUACAAAGGAGAAGUUCACGGCAACGUCUAAAAAUCCGGCCUAAAGUCAACUAUUUUUCUGACUUAUUUGCUGAUGAAGGCUCUUUGGAUAGUGAAAGUGAUAGCACUGAUUUCAAUGGCAAUGCGCGGAGCAGAAAGAUCCGCGCAAAAAAACAUUCCCUAAAUAAUCUAUCUAAAAGCAGUUCUACGGAAGGUGAAAUCGGUGAAGGAGAGGAUGACGACUCUAUUAAACUUUCGCGUAGACGUCGCCGCUCUAAACCUUCAAAGACAAUGUCUAAAGAUAUCGAUAAUGAGCAUAAUGACGUUGAUGAUAAUACCGAGAGAAAGGGAAAGAAAGUGGACGAGGAUUCGACUACAGCCAACUUUCCUAAGCGGCGAAUUCGCAGACGGGUUAAACGUAACAGGUCAUCUGAUGAAGACAAUGCUAAUGACGCUGAUGAAGAUGUAGAUAACAAAUGUAAGAGCAAGGUUAAGAAGAGUAGAAUUUUAAAGAAGCAAGAGGAUACUUCUGAUCACGAAGGGGAAGCGUUCGAAAAUUCAGAUGAUGGUGAGAAGGGUAGGCGCCAGAUUCGAAGAAUCAUAAAGAAUAAAAGUCUUUCAGAAACUACGAAGACUGCUGAAGCUGAGGAAAGAGAGAGAAAACGCAGGAUAGAAGAGCGUCAAAAAAUGCUUUGA